AUGUCUGUGCGCUUUUCUUCUGCAUCCAGACGCCUGGGCUCCGGCGGCCCAGCCGCGGGCUCUGUGAGGCUCUCCAGUGGAGGAAGCGGCUUUGGGGCGGGCAACACAUGCGGCGUGCCAGGCAUUGGGAGUGGCUUCUCGUGUGCCUUUGGGGGCAGUGCAUCCGCAGGAAGCUAUGGCGGGGGACUGGCGGGGGCCAGUGCUUCUUGUACUGCCUUCCUCGGGAAUGAACACGGCCUCCUCUCUGGCAAUGAGAAGGUGACCAUGCAGAAUCUCAAUGACCGUUUGGCGUCCUACCUGGAGAACGUGCGAGCGUUGGAGGAGGCCAACGCCGACCUGGAGCAGAAGAUCAAGGGGUGGUACGAGAAGUUCGGGCCUGGUUCCUGCCGAGGUCUGGAUCAUGACUACAGCCGAUACUUCCCAAUCAUUGAAGACCUUAGGAACCAGAUAAUUUCUGCAUCUACAAGUAACGCCAACGUGGUCCUGCAAAAUGAUAAUUCAAGACUAACAGCUGACGACUUCAGACUAAAGUAUGAGAACGAGCUGGCCCUGCACCAGAGCGUGGAGGCGGACAUGAACGGGUUGCGCAGGGUCCUGGAUGAACUGACCUUGUGCAGAACCGACCUGGAAAUUCAGCUGGAGACUCUGAGCGAGGAGCUGGCUUACCUCAAGAAGAAUCACGAGGAGGAAAUGAAGGUUCUGCAGUGCGCCGCGGGGGGCAACGUGAACGUGGAGAUGAACGCGGCCCCGGGCGUGGACCUCACGGUUCUGCUCAACAACAUGCGUGCUGAGUACGAAGACCUUGCCGAGCAGAACCGCAGGGACGCCGAGACCUGGUUCAACGAAAAGAGUGCCACGCUGCAGCAGCAAAUUUCCGACGACGCCGGGGCCACCACCUCCGCUCGCAAUGAACUUACUGAGAUGAAACGCACGCUUCAGACCCUGGAGAUUGAACUUCAGUCUCUCUUAGCGAUGAAACACUCCCUGGAGUGCUCCCUGACCGAGACCGAAGGCAACUACUGCACGCAGCUCGCCCAGAUCCAGGCUCAGAUCGGGGCCCUGGAAGAGCAGCUGCACCAGGUCAGAACCGAGACCGAGGGCCAGAAGCUGGAGUACGAGCAGCUCCUGGACCUCAAGGUCCACCUGGAGAAGGAGAUCGAGACGUACUGCCGCCUGAUCGAUGGAGAGGAUGGAGAAAGUAAGUCCACGUGUUACACAUCUAAAGGCUCUGUACCUCUAUCUGCUGGCAAUCAAGUGAAAGACUCAACAGAAGAAAUUGUGGUCAAAACAGUGGUUGAGGAACUCGAUCAACUUGGCAAUGUCCUGUCAUUAAGGGUCCACUCAGUUGAAGAAAAAUCCUCGAAAAUAAGCAACAUUACAAUGGCGCAAGGACUACCUGCUAAUGCACCAUAAGAAGAACAAUUAGUUACAAACAACAACAAAAGCCGGCCUCUUCGUAAAACUCCCAAAAGUA